AUGUCCAAGCCCCGUAUCGCCGACCCAAAGGCCAUCAAGGCCUUUGGCUUGACGCAGAUCUAUACCCCGCGCGACGAUCCAACAAUCGAUAUUGUCUUUGUUCACGGCCUGAACGGCCAUCCUCACGACUCUUGGACUAGCAAAACUACUGAUUGCUUUUGGCCUACCGACCUUCUCCCGGACGUCCUUGCCUCGCUCCGUCCCCGCAUUCUUACUUACGGCUACAAUGCGAAUGUCACUGCCUUCACCGAUGGAGCUUCGCGUGAUUCGGUCGUCAGCCAUGCUGAGACCCUUGCAUCUAAUCUCGCUGCUAAUCGAAAUCUGCGAGACUGCUCCGAACGUCCGAUUAUUUUCAUCUGCCACUCGCUAGGAGGCCUGAUUGUGAAGCGCGCCCUGAUAUACUCUCGUAGUCUCUCAAGUGAGAAGACCGAGCAUCUCCGCUCAGUCUAUGUUUCCACCUUCGGUAUCCUCUUCCUAGGCACACCUCACAAUGGAUCUGACAUUGCAAAAUGGGGUCUGUUGUUGCACAACAUCUGCAAUGCUGUGCUCCCCAAGAAGUUCAUGGAGGCGUCUCCGCAGCUUGUCAAAGCUCUGCGGACCAACAAUGAAACCCUGCAGCACAUCAACAGUCUCUUCGUUGAUAUCAUGGGCCGAUUCCACAUCUACUUUUUCCAUGAAACACGGUCCACCGACGUGCGUGGUACCCGUGAAGUGAUCGUAGACGAGCACUCAGCCGCGCCGUACAUGGAGGGUGUUGAGCGGGCGGGUAUCGAGGCCGACCACAGCCAUAUGUGCAAGUUUGACGAUGACAAUGCAGCGGGCUAUGAGGUUGUGGCGGAGGCAAUUCUCCGGUACUCACGUCAGGCUCCUUCCGUGAUUACGGAGCGCUGGGCGGAAGAGAAGAAAGCCCGCACCCAGGAGAAGAAGGCCAAGGCUAGGGAAAUCUAUGACGCAAGAAUAGAUGACCCGGCAAAUCGAAGCAUGCCUGAUUUGAACAGAACCGGUAGGGAUUCAUAUCUUCUCCCUGCACCGGAAGUGGCUGUCACGUUGAGGGACUAUGAGAUUGAGGAGCCUCCUGUCUGA